CGGCCCGGCCGAACCAUGAAGCUCCUGAAGCCCACCUGGGUCAACCACAAUGGCAAGCCAAUUUUUUCUGUUGAUAUUCACCCUGACGGGACCAAGUUCGCAACUGGAGGACAAGGACAGGAUUCUGGGAAGGUUGUGAUCUGGAAUAUGUCUCCAGUCCUCCAAGAGGAUGACGAGAAGGAUGAAAAUAUUCCCAAGAUGCUUUGCCAGAUGGACAAUCAUUUAGCAUGUGUGAACUGUGUGCGGUGGUCAAACAGUGGGAUGUAUUUAGCUUCUGGGGGAGAUGACAAACUGAUUAUGGUGUGGAAGCGGGCUACGUACAUUGGCCCCAGCACCGUAUUUGGCUCCAGUGGUAAGCUUGCCAAUGUGGAGCAGUGGCGAUGCGUUUCCAUCCUUCGGAGUCACUCAGGCGAUGUGAUGGAUGUAGCAUGGUCUCCCCAUGAUGCCUGGUUGGCUUCAUGCAGCGUUGAUAACACUGUUGUCAUCUGGAAUGCUGUGAAGUUCCCAGAAAUUCUAGCUACAUUGAGAGGUCAUUCUGGCUUGGUUAAAGGGUUGACUUGGGACCCUGUUGGUAAAUACAUUGCCUCUCAAGCUGAUGACCGCAGCCUGAAGGUAUGGAGGACACUAGACUGGCAAUUGGAGACCAGCAUCACCAAACCUUUUGAUGAGUGUGGAGGAACGACCCAUGUGUUGCGGCUUAGCUGGUCACCUGAUGGACACUAUCUGGUAUCUGCCCAUGCCAUGAAUAAUUCUGGCCCCACUGCACAGAUUAUUGAACGGGAAGGCUGGAAGACCAACAUGGAUUUUGUUGGGCACCGGAAAGCUGUGACUGUUGUGAAAUUUAACCCAAAAAUCUUCAAAAAGAAGCAAAAGAAUGGGAGUUCUGCAAAGCCUAGCUGUCCAUACUGUUGCUGUGCUGUUGGCAGCAAGGACCGUUCUCUCUCUGUCUGGCUCACAUGUUUAAAACGACCUUUGGUUGUCAUCCAUGAACUGUUUGACAAAUCCAUUAUGGAUAUUUCCUGGACUCUGAACGGGUUGGGCAUCCUGGUGUGCUCGAUGGAUGGGUCUGUGGCAUUCCUAGAUUUCUCCCAGGAUGAACUUGGAGAUCCACUGAGUGAAGAGGAAAAGAGCCGCAUUCACCAAUCCACCUAUGGCAAGAGUUUGGCCAUCAUGACCGAAGCCCAACUCUCCACAGCUGUCAUCGAGAACCCUGAGAUGCUCAAAUACCAGCGGAGGCAGCAGCAGCAGCUGGACCAGAAGAGUGCCACUUCCAAAGAGACAGGCUCAUCUGCCUCGGUGGCUGGCGUGGUCAAUGGUGAAAGUCUUGAAGACAUCAGGAAGAAUCUUUUAAAGAAACAAGUUGAAACCCGAACAGCAGAUGGACGGAGAAGAAUCACGCCUCUUUGCAUAGCACAGUUGGACACUGGGGACUUCUCCACAGCGUUCUUUAACAGCAUCCCACUCUCGGGCUCCCUGGCGGGCAGCAUGCUUUCCUCUCACAGCAAUCAGCAGCUACUAACUUUGGACUCCAAUACCCACAACUCGUUUGGUGCUUCAAAGCCUUCCACAGAACCUGUGGCAUCAGCCAGCACCAGACUUGUGGGAGAUUCUGUCAGUAAAGACAGCAUGAAUGCUACCUCGACUCCUGCUGUAUCAUCCCCUUCUGUGUUAACAACCCCAUCAAAGAUUGAGCCUAUGAAAGCAUUUGACUCCCGAUUCACUGAACGGUCUAAAACGACACCAGGUGCUCCUGCCUUGUCCAGUGUGGCUCCAGCAGCUGUAGAAAGGUUGAAAGAACAGAAUCUUGUGAAAGAACUGCGACCCCGGGACCUACUGGAGAGCAGCAGUGACAGUGAUGAGAAGGUCCAUGUGACCAAAUCCUCCUCACUGUCUAAGCGAAAACUUGAGCUUGAGGUGGAGACAGUAGAAAAGAAGAAGAAAGGGCGGCCAAGGAAAGACUCACGACUCAUGCCGGUGUCUCUCUCUGUCCAGUCCCCAGCAACCCUGACCGCAGAAAAGGAUUCUAUAUGUUUGUCUGUACCAGCACCUGCACUGAAGCUGCCCAUGCCGGGUCCCCAGAAAGCAUUUACCCUCCAGGUGAGCUCUGAUCCCUCCAUGUACAUUGAGGUGGAGAAUGAAGUGACAACUGUGGGGGGUGUGAAGCUGAGUCGCUUGAAAUGUAAUCGGGAAGGGAAAGAGUGGGAGACGGUACUCACCAGCAGAAUCCUGACUGCAGCUGGUAGCUGUGAUGUGGUGUGUGUCGCCUGUGAAAAGAGGAUGCUGUCAGUGUUCUCCACCUGUGGUCGCCGCCUUCUCCCUCCCAUUCUCCUGCCAUCCCCGAUCUCCACUUUGCACUGCACUGGCCCCUAUGUCAUGGCACUCACUGCUGCAGCCACACUUUCUGUCUGGGAUGUUCACAGACAAGUGGUUGUGGUGAAAGAAGAAUCUCUACACUCCAUCUUAGCAGGAAGUGAUAUGACAGUGUCACAGAUCUUGCUGACACAACAUGGAAUUCCAGUGAUGAACUUGUCUGAUGGGAAAGCAUAUUGCUUCAAUCCGUCACUUUCUACAUGGAACCUGGUUUCUGACAAGCAAGACUCCCUGGCUCAGUGUGCAGACUUUAGGAGCAGCCUGCCUCCUCAGGAUGCCAUGUUGUGUUCGGGACCCUUAGCCAUAGUCCAAGGCCACGCCUCCACUUCAGGAAGGCAGGCGGCUCGUCUCUUUUCCGUGCCUCAUGUGGUGCAACAGGAGACUACUCUGGCUUACCUGGAGAACCAGGUUGCAGCAGCUCUCACUCUGCAGUCCAGCCAUGAAUACCGCCAUUGGCUCCUUCUCUACGCGCGGUACCUAGUGAAUGAAGGGUUUGAAUAUCGACUACGAGAAAUAUGCAAGGACUUACUGGGUCCGGUUCACUACUCCACUGGAAGCCAGUGGGAGUCAACAGUAGUGGGUCUGCGGAAGAGAGAAUUGUUGAAGGAACUGCUGCCAGUCAUCGGGCAAAACAUCCGCUUCCAGCGUCUCUUCACCGAAUGUCAGGAACAGCUCGAUAUCCUAAGGGACAAGUAGCCAACCCCAGCCUACUCUGGCUUCCCAGAGGCUAGGCCACACUCUCCGCUGAAGACACUCAGAGCCGCUUCUGACCAUGUCAGGCUUCAGUAGAACAAGGAGGCAGUAGCAGGAGGUGGGGUGUCCUGCACAAGCUCUGGCCCAGCUCCUUGAGCAGGCUUCCCCCGUGUCUGGAGUCUGCUGUUCUCUCAAAAAGGGGUAGCUCAACCCAUAACUUUUCCCUCCUUCCAGGAUCCCCAUAUGGGGCUGGGACUGGAGCUCUACUCUGUUGCCCUUUGGUCAGUGAGGCACUUUCAGGCCCACCGUCUCCAGCACGGUCCCAAGGUGGAUGCUAGCCCCUGCCACUGCAGGUGCCGUGUUGGUUCAGCUACGACGAAUGAGCCAUUUGUGAAAGAGAAUCCUGAAACAGUAUAUUAUGCAGUCAGCAGACUAACCUAAGACCUAUGUAAAAGGAAAGACUAUUCCAACACACGGACUAUUUUUGUACUAGAAUUUGCUAACAUACCAUGGAGUUUUCUUUUUGGCCAAUAAUCAGGAUUUCCCUAUAAGUCACUUGACAUUGGACACUUGUAGAAACUUUAAACUCUAAUUAUGACAGCAACAUUGAAAAAUAAUUGUACUGAAAUUAACUUGUUUAUCUUCAUUUGGUUUUAAUUUUUAAAUGUUUGUAAAAAGAAACU